AUGGACCGAUUUGAAUAUGCUAAACCUGAUCCAGCAGAGACCGUUCUAUGGCGUCACAACAAUAUCACUUUGUAUGAUGGCAAUUACAAAACUUCGUUUCACCGUGGUAAUAUUAUCUUAACUGCCACUCAUCUUUUCUGGAUGUCUGGCGAUGCGUGGUUGUCUUUACAGCUCCGGUACAUAGUGUACAUUGAAUCUGCAGUUACUGACACCUUAUUUGGUUCAAAAACUAAAACUAUUCUUGUUCAUUUAUUACCCUCUGAUAAUACAAAUCCAGGCCCUGUUUCUUGUGCCAAAGGCGAGUACAUCAAACUUGAUUUUAAGGACAAAAUUCCUGAUGGGUUUUUUGAUGUAUUUCAGAAAACUGUUGCGGAAAAAAAGUGGUCUGUUAGCAAGAUUACCCGUCAAAUUAGAACAGGAAUCGGAGGGAUCGAAAAAAAUAUUUAUGAAAAACAAAAAGCGUCUGAUAUUAGUAUUACAGAUGCUUUUAAGGACUUAGACAGACUUAUGAUUACAGCUAAAGAUAUGGUAUCAUUAAGUAAAAACAUUUCUGAAAAAAUUAAAGAAAAACAAGGAGCUAUUAGUGAUGAUGAAACUGUGCGCUUCAAGUCAUACCUUUUAGGUCUUGGUGUGGAUGACCCAGUUACUAGAUCAUCAUUCACAGAUUCAAAUGCAUAUUAUACCACACUUUGUAAAGAAAUAAUCAAAAUUAUUCAAGUUUCAUUAGAAGAAGUUGGUGGUACAAUGGCCCUUGCAGAGGUUUAUUGUCGGGUAAAUAGGGCUAGAGGACUAGAUCUUUUAUCACCCGAAGAUUUAAUGCAUGCGUGUUACAUGAUGAAUACUGAUCAAUCUUCACCUGUAAAACUAAGAAAGUUUGAUAGCGGUGUAUUAGCUUUACAAUCAUCUUUAUGUGACGAGUCUGUUGUAUUGAAAAAAACUGUUGAAGCAUUACAAGAAAGUGGAUCAUUAAGUGCACAAGAACUAUCAACGUUAAUUGGAGUACCAGUUGUAUUAGCUAAGGAGUAUUUGUUAUCUGCCGAAAAACAUGGGAAGUCAUGCCGAGAUGAAAGUAUUGAAGGUCUAAGAUUUUAUCUUAAUAAAUUUAUAGAUGAAUACAUGUAA